AUGCACACUGUAAACCCGCGAGAUUUCGAAGAUACCGACCUGCCGUGGUGGGGACUCACCUAUGGCGGCCAUCUUUACAUGAUCAUUGCCAUUGCGUACACACAGGAUGGGCAGGUUCAUCUUUAUCCGAACCUCGAUUAUUUUCCGACGAUCAACAUGUACGACGAAGUGCUGCCUGUGUGGACCCCAAUACUCUACAUGCUCCUGGGCAAUCUGAGCAUGCAACAUGAAGAAAGAGUCUCCUUCACCUCUUCGGAUCUGCUGGUGCUCUCUAGACCGCUUCAUCUCGAUAUACUCGGCACACCAGAGUGCGGAGCGAGUAGCAGCGUCUAUCACACCGUUGGACGAUAUUUGCUCAAGGUGGCUCAUCCAACCCCAGAAACGACGUAG